UGCAGAGCGGGCGGCCCCCUCCGGUGGAAGGGCGGCCGGGUCCGAGAGCACGCCGAAAGAAUGGGCGGGAGGAACGGACGAGCCCCGGACGCGUGACGCCACCGGACCUCUGGGGGCGGACAGCAACCGGAAGUGGCUGGAGGGCGGGGGCUCAGGAGCCGCUCGGGCCUGGAGGCGCCCGAAAAGUCGGUGUUGGUCGCGGGGGCGGCUCUCGGCCCGUUCGGCCCCCGACUCCCGGGCCUGCAGGGCGAGCCCCCGCGCCGGGAGAAGCGUCCAGCUGGAGGUGGGUCCGGAGGGAGACCCCCCCCCUCCCCGAACGAUGGCAGCAGCCCUGGGCCUGCCCGCCCAGAGUCCACCGGAGCAGGAGGAGAUCCUGAUCGUCAAGGUGGAGGAGGAUUUCCCGUGGGGAGAAGCGGCCUCUCCACGAGGGGACGAGCCCAGCCCCGAGACCUUCCGCCAGCUCUUCCGGCUUUUCCGCUACCAAGAGGCGGCCGGGCCCCGAGAGGCCCUCGGCCGACUGCGGGAGCUCUGCUGUCGCUGGCUGAGGCCCGAGGCGCGCACUAAGGAGCAGAUCCUGGACCUGCUCGUGCUGGAGCAGUUCCUCACCAUCCUGCCGGCGGACAUCCAGACCUGGGUGAGAGAUCAGGAUCCGGAGAGUGGAGAAGAAGUCGUGGUUCUGGUGGAGGGUUUGCGCAGACCGCCUAGGAGACCGAGGCAGAGGGUCACGGUCCGGGUGCAGGGCCAGGAGGUGGUCGCGGAGGAGCCGGCGCUCCGGGGAGCCCCUCGGGAGGCCCGGAGAUUCCAGGUGGAGCCCCUGCUUCAGGAGGAGGAGGGAGCGCGGGACCCGCAUCCAGGACCACUUCUGCAGCAGCAGCAGCAGCUGAACCGCAGGCCUAGGAGGGAACCCCAGCUGCGACCGAAAAGGGUUAUGCCUUCUCCGCGGAUUCCUGCCCCAGGGAGCCCCACGGAUGAAGAGACUGCAACCACACUCCUCUCUGCCUGGUCCCAGACGCCAGUGAUGCUGGAGGAGGUGGCCGUGUACCUCUCCCAAGAGGAGUGGGAGCGGCUGGACCCGGCUCAGAGGGACCGCUACAGGGAUGUUCUGCAGGACAGCUACGGGCUUUCCGUUCCUAAACCCAGUUUGAUCACCCGACUGGAGCAAGGGGAAGCACCGUGGCACUGCGAUCUUGAGGGUUCUCAGGAGCGGAUCGUCUCUAGAAACGACUACACAGGUUUUCAGGUAAGGAUGGAGACCAAGGAAGGAAAUCCAAAGCAAGCAAGCUGUAUGAAAGUGGGCCUGCACCGAACGGUGUCGGGGAAGUCCAGGGGAGAUGUGCUCCAGGACCCCGGGCGGGGACAGGUUUGCGAAAAUGGGUCAGGAUGGCAACCGGACCCCCUGCCAGGAGAGAGGCACGGCCCGACCCCAAUCCAAGAAAGGGACGUGGGGAAACUCCUAAGUCACUGGAGACCCUGCACGGUUGAGAAACCUUAUAAGUGUCUGGAAUGUGGGAAGAGCUUCAGCAAAAGCUCCCACCUGAUCAAACACCAGAGAACUCACACUGGCGAGAAACCCUACAAAUGCCUCGUGUGUGGGAAGGGGUUCAGUGACCGCUCCAAUUUCAGCACCCACCAGCGCAUCCACACGGGAGAGAAGCCUUACAAGUGCGACGAGUGCGGAAAAUGCUUCAGCCAGAGCUCCAGCCUGGUCAUCCACCGCAGAACCCACACCGGGGAGCGACCCUACAAAUGCGGCGAGUGUGGGAAAAGCUUCAACAACAGCUCCCACUUCAGCGCCCACCGGAGAACCCACACGGGAGAGAAGCCCUACCCCUGCCACGACUGCGGGAAGAGCUUUCGCCGGGGCACAGACCUAAACAAACACCAGAGGACCCAUACGGGGGAGCGGCCCUAUAAGUGUCACUGUGGAAAAAGCUUCACCCGCAAGCACCAGCUCGUCACGCACCAGGGGAUCCACACAGGGGAGAAAGGCUUCUAACCAGGCGGGUGAGGAAAAUCUUCCAGCCUCUCGGAGGGGAACCGACACGACGGGGAAAUUCGAUCGAUCCGCUCGCUGAGGGGAAGGAGAGCGGCGGAGAACGUAAUCCUUUCUGCCGUGGCGUCUCCCGCCUAGUAGCGGAAGCUCCGUUAGGGUCGUCCUUUCUUAUCUUAUGGUCCUCUGUUUGAAAUAAUUUUUUUCUUCUAGUGCCUGGCCCCCAGAUCAUCAAGGAGAGACGGAUUCCGUUCCUAAUUCCCUCUCAACUUCACUACAUCUAAUGUAGCCUUCAGUAGGUUGGUUUGGCCUUAGCUGCUGCUGCCGAGUGCUCUGUAGAGGGACUGGAAUCAAUCAGUCAAUCAAUCAGUCGUAUUUAUUGAGCGCUUACUGUGUG